GUUCUGGCGGGGGGGGUUUGUGCUGGGGGCUCCUGUCCCAGCCCUGACAGCCCCGGCUGGGCCCCUCGCUCCGCCCCUCAGCACGCGCUGGCCAAUGAAAACCCCCAUUCAGCCUCAUGGCAACGCUGGUUCCGCCCCGAGCGGGGCAUAGGCAUUUCCGGCGGGCAGGCGGGGCAUAGGCAUUUCCUGUUUGAAAGCCGGAUAUCCGGUUCCGGUGACCGCCAUGGCCGGGGAGAAGCGGCCGCUCCGGAUCCUGGGUCUCCAUGGUUACCGCCAGAACCAGCGCAGCUUCCACGAGCGCACCGGGGCGCUGCGCAAAGCGCUGCGGGGCCGCGCGGAGCUGGUGAGCGUGAGCGCGCCCCACCCGGUCCCGGGGCCCGCGGCCGAGCGCGGGGGCGGGGCGGGGCGGAGCCCGGAGCCGCAGGCGGCCGAGCCCCGCGGCUGGUGGUUUUCCAGGCCGCGGGAGGAGACGUUCGACGCCCUGGAGGAAGCGGCCGCGUGCAAGGGGCUGGACGAGUCGCUGGAGGCGGUGGCCCGGGCGCUCGCGGAGCUCGGGCCCUUCGACGGGCUGCUGGGCUUCAGCCAGGGCGCGGCGCUGGCCGCCCUGCUCUGCGCGCUGCAGCAGCGCGGGGACGCGCGGUUCCCCUUCCAAUUCGCCAUCCUGGUGGCCGGCUUCAAGAGCCGGGCCGCCCCGCACAGCGGCUACUACCGGGAGCCCAUCGCCGUGCCCUCGCUCCACGUGCUGGGGGACACCGACCGCGUCAUCCCGCCAGGGCUGAGCAGGGAGCUGGCGUCCCACUUCGUGGAUCCAGCGGUCCUCACCCAUCCGGGGGGGCACUUCGUCCCUGCCGCUGCACCCCAGAAGAGAGCCUACCUUGAGUUUUUGGCCAGGUUUUUGAAAUAAAAGAGGAGGGACCUGCCCUUGGGCAUGGAGGGGAGGAGGCUAAAGGCCCGCCGUUGACUUCGAUGACCCAAGACAAGUUGAGGUGAUGUGAUCACUGUCUAGAAGUACCUACACGGGGGGAAGGUUUCUGAUAAGCAGAGGGCUCUUUAAUCUAGCCGAUAAACCAUAAUAAAAUCCAGUGAUUGGAAGCUGAAGCCAGACAAACUCAGGCUAGAAAUAAGGCGCAAAUUUUUAACACAGUAACAACCAUUGGACCAUUUAACCUAGGGUUGUGGGGGAUUCUCUGGCACAUGGACUCUAAAUCAAUACUAAAUUUAAAAAAAUAAAUAUUACAUGGCUUUAUAAAAGAUACUCUUGAAGUUACGGGUUUGGUGCAAGACUCACUGGUUGAAAUUAAAUAUUUUGUGUUAUACUGGAGAACAAAUUAAAUGAUCAUACUAUU